CUCGUGCGCUUCGCACCUUCGAAGAAACUGCCCGUCACAGCAAGCUUUCGCUAGAUUGACACUGGCACGCUGGUCGCACGCCUGAUCGUUCGGCUGAUCGCACGGCAGAUCGCACGGUUGGUCACACAGCUUCGCACAGCACGGCGUGUAUAAGAUUCCUUUCCGUCCCGUUUCGCUGUGCUCCAGCCGCGAACCUGCUGACCGCCAUCGUUAGCCGCACGCCUUGUUCCUCUCGGUAGCCGCACGCUUGAUUCCCCUCGUUAACCGCACGCUUGAUUCCCCUCGUUAACCGCUCGCCUGAUUCCCCUCGUUACCUGCAGCGGUGCCGUAUGUGCGUGUGUAAGCAUCCCUCGUACCGUUACACCGCUACUUGAACAAUCGAGGUUUCAAAUCGCGAACCUGCUGAUUCCCCUCGUUAGCCGCAGCUGCGCCGCGUGUGCGUGUCUAAGCGUCCCUCGUCCCACGUGGCUCGGUGGACCGCUACUAGCUCAAUAAUCAACCUCUGUAUCUCUCUGUACCUCUCUGUAACUCCCUCAUCAAAUGGAGCUCACCGUGUCUCUCAUCUCUGACCGCUCCUGCUGGGUGCGCCUCCCCCUCCACUUCCUCCACUCCCUCACUCUCUCCUCCUCCGACGACGAACCCCCUCCCGCCCCUCUACUCCUCGACCUUCGCCGAACCUCUUCCCCUCCCUCCUCCCAUACCUCGUCCCACGCCUCUUCCCAAGCCUCUUCCCAAGCCUCCUCAUCCCGAGCCUCUCCCAAGCCCCUCUUUCUGGCUUGGGGCGGAGCCGCGGCAGCAGGUUCGGCGCUGGAAGUUCCGCGGGAGUUGGGGGAGUGUCUGGGGCUGGGAGAGGGGGAGGGGGUGCGGGUAAGGGUGCGCCUGUGGGGGAGCAUCCCCCCCGCAGAGGCUGUCCACGUGGCACCUGCCACAUCAGAUGACUGGGAGGUUCUGGAGCUGAAUCCAGCUCUUCUGGAAGAGACUAUUUUGCAGCAGGUGGGCGCAGUGGCUGUAGGGCAGUCCUUCCCCAUUUGGGCGCAGGGGCAAGCCCCCCUGCGCCUGUGCGCGCUCUCCGCCUCCCCCUCCCCCCUUGUGCGCCUGGUCCCCGGGUCCGAGGUCAUUGUGGCGCCCCGCACUAGGCAGGGGGAGCGGGGGGAGGGGGCGGAGGGGGAGGGGGAUGGCGGGGAAACACUGAUAGGUGGGGGAGGAGGAGGAGGAGUGGGAGCGGGAGGGGGAGGGGGAGGGGGAGUGGAGAGGAAAAAGGAGGGGAGGGGCGGGAAGGAGAGGGGUGGAGGGGAGAGGAGCGUGCGAGUGUGGUUGCGGGUGCAGCCCUUUGAUUGGUCCGUGGCCUCAGGCCUGACACAUAAUGGCGGUGGUGAAACUGGGAGGCACCAUGGUGGCAAUGGGUUGUCUCGGGAAGAAGCGAAUCCGACAGGAGAUGCGUGCACUGCCACCAGGGAAGGGGCAGAAGGAGGUUGCCGGAUGCUGGUAGAGCCAGGGGGGUGUGUGGUAGAGCCAGCAGGGUGCGUGUUUGUGAGUGAGGGGGACUGGAAGCGAGUGGGGGGCACUGGCUCUGGCUCUGCGCCAGGCUUCCCUCUCCUCCUCCUCCACGUUCCCCCAUCAGCCCGCCGCCCAAAACCCACCAAUCAGGGGCCAGGAUCCAACCGCUCCAACCAGUCCAGCCAAUCACAGCGCUUCUCCUCACGCUCCACUGUCCCUGUGCGAGUGCUGCCCUCCUGCCACGUGGCAGCAGGCCAUUUGAUGAUCCCGCCGGCCCUCUCGCUGUGCCUGGCGGUAGACUGGUUCUCCAAGGUUCUCCUUAAAGGGACUAUAGGGGGUGGUGAGGACGCUUUAAGGGCGGACACUGGGGGUGGUGGUGGUGGUGGGUGGGAUGGGGGGGUUGGAGGGGAAAGUAGGGGUGGUGGAGGGGAGGGAGAGAGAAGAGGAAGUGGAGAGAGUGCGGAGAAAGGGGGUGUGAGGGAGCAGUCUCACGCAUCUCCCUCUAACUCCGCUUCGUGCCUCCUCACUCCCCCUCCUCCCUCCCUCUUCCUCACUCCUCUGGUGCUCUCCACUAGUGCUGCCGAGGGGGGUGCUGGCUCAAGGGCGGAACCAGGAGGCCCAGGCGCAGGAGGGGGAGCAGGGGGGUUAAGGGAGCAAGGGGGGGGAGGAAAGACACAAGUGGCUGCUGCUGUGGAAGCAGCAGAAAGGCAUUGGAGAGUGUUAAGAGGGGCGGAAAGAGAGGGGGAAAGUAGUAGGGGAGAGAGGAGAGCAGGAAUGGGGGAGGGAGAAAUACAGGGUAAGGAGGAGGAGGAGGGGAGGGAGUUGGGAGUGCGGGCGCUGGCGUGUGUGUUGCUGCAAGGAGGAGGGGUGAGGGAAGGGGUAAGGCAAGCAAGGGGAGGAGUGGGGGUGCCUCUGGUAGAUGGUGCGGUGCUGAGACUGGUGUGGGGGGAUGGCAUAGGUCGGGAUGCGGCAGAGGGCGGAGCGAGGGAGGGGGGGAGGGAGAGAGUGGAGCGAGGGAGGGGAGAGAGCAAGGCGGCAGAUACAGUGAGUAGUGUGGGAAUGAAGGGGAGCGAGAGUGAGGGAGAGAGCAGCGCCAAAGGUGUUUCAGCAGCUUCGGCAAGUGCUCCACCAGCAGCGAGGGACGCUCUCUUUCUGCUCACCUUUGGCUCGUCACCAGGGGGGCGCACUCGCCCUGCUGCUGCUGCUGCUGCUGCUGCCGCCACUGUUUCCACUUCCGCUAGUGGUUUAGGUAUCUCGCCUGAUGACACACGUCGACAGCAGCAGCAGCAGAUGGCUGCGUUGGGAGCGCUAGCAGGAGCAGUGUUGGGAGGAGGGGUAGGGCUGGGUGGGGGGGUGGGAGGAGGAAAGGGGAUGGUGGGUGGUACCAUGGGGCCUGGUGCCAUGAUGGGGGGAAUGGCAAUGGGAAUGGGAAUGGGCGCAUAUGGGAAUACUCUGCCGGGCUCCUCUGCUGCUCGUGCAGGCUUGUUGGAACCAGCAGCCACAGGGCUCUCAGGGGAGUCUACCAACAAGCUUAUGCCUCCCUCUGAAGCUUCCCAGUCGCUUCCUGCCGUUCGGGCGGCAGCCAGUGAGGCAGUGGACAGCCUGGCGCUGCUGGCGGCCGUCCAAUCGGAGCGCAGCACUGUAGCUUUGGGAGCUCCCAUGCAGUGGGCUGUCCCCUUUACCAGCAGCCCCGGACUCGUUUUCAGCCCGUCCCAGUCAGCAUCGGCACAGUCCCUCCCCUCAUUCGACUCCACCUCGUCUGUCGUCCACACACACUUCCCUCUGCUGCCCCUGCCUUCGGUACCGCUAAGCACCACACCGAAUUCAUCAACAUCUCCAGCAGCCUCAGCACUAGCAGCACCAGCAUCAGCAGCAUCAGCACCAGUCUCAUCAGCAGCAUUGGCAGCAGAACGUGCAUCGCCAUCACCCCACCACCCCUUCUCCUUCACCCUCUCAUGGCUGCACCAGCCAGCCUCCACUGCCCUCUCCCGCCUCCACGCCUCGCUCUCCUGCCCCUUCCUCCUCACCCGCCGCUCCCUCCGCCUGCCCUCCCCCGGAUCCAUCCUCCUCCAUGGCCCCCCUGCCAGUGGCAAGACCUCCCUUGCGUCGGCCUUGGCCUGGCAGGUUCGGAAUGACCAAACCUGCCUCGCACACACGGAGUUUGUCAGCUGCACGAGGCUCGGGUCCGAGCCUGCGAAGGAGGUUCGGCGGGUGCUGGGGAGAGCUGUGGCGCGGGCGAAUGAGAGGGCGCCAGCUGUCGUUGUGCUGGAUGAUCUGGAUGCGUUGGCUCCGGGGCCGAGUGGGGGGCCAGAGGAAGGGACAGGUGGCGGCGGGGGAUUGGUGGAGUUUAUUGCCGACUUGAUGGAUGAAUGCCAGUCCCACCAGGCCCCCAUCGCCUUCCUUGCAACAGCCCCCUCCCCAUCCGCCAUCGCGCCAUCUCUCCGAGCCGCCUGCCGCUUCGACUCGCCCAUAGAAUUGCCAGCCAUGGGCGAGGGCGAGAGAGCAGCGCUGCUCAGGCAGAUUCUGCAGGACCGGGGGAUUGGUUGGGAGGGAGGGGAUGCACUGCUCCAAUCCAUGGCUGCCAGGUGUCAGGGCAGCGACGCGUCGGAUCUGGAGGUGCUGAUCGAUCGUGCGGCUCACGCGAGGCGAGCGAGAAUGAUGUUUGAAGCAGGCAGAGGGAAGCAAGGCAUUGGUGGGGGUGGGGCAGGGGAUGGGGGAGGGGAAGGGGAAUGGGGCGGCGAGGGACUAGCAGGGGAAGGGAAGAGAACAGGAGGGGCCAAGGGAGGCCAAGUAGCAAUGGUGGCGGCAAGAGCAGGCAGGGGAGGGCCGUGGAUACCAUUAGAGCGGGUGGAGCACGAGCAGCAGGGGGAGCCUCUUCUCCUCUCAGACGCAGACUUCUCCUCCGCCCUGCAGGGCUUCGUCCCAGCAGCAGUGCGCGGCGUCGCAAAGCUCUCCUCCUCUGACCCGUGUUCCUCUUCCUCCUCUGCCCAGCUAGGCUGGGAGGACGUGGGAGGAAUGGACGACGCCCAAACCGCCCUACGUGAAGUCCUAGAGCUCCCAGCCCAGCACUCGAGAAUUUUCGCCUCAUCUCCCCUGCGUCUGCGCACCGGCGUGCUCCUCUUCGGCCCACCUGGGUGUGGCAAGACGCAUAUCGUGGGCGCAGCGGCUGCUGCUUGCAGAAUCCGGUGUGUAUCGGUGAAAGGCCCGGAGCUGCUGAAUAAGUACAUCGGAGCCUCGGAGCAGGCGGUUCGGGAUGUGUUUUCCCGAGCCUCCCGCGCUGCUCCGUGCAUUUUGUUCUUCGAUGAGUUUGAUGCGAUAGCGCCGAGGAGAGGGCAUGAUAGCACAGGGGUGACUGACAGAGUAGUGAAUCAGCUCUUAACGGGGCUAGAUGGGGUAGAGGGGCUUGAGGGAGUAUUUGUGGUGGCAGCAACUAGCCGGCCGGAUUUGAUCGAUCCUGCUUUGCUUCGGCCGGGCCGGCUGGAUCGGCUCGUUCUAUGUGAUUUCCCGGGGGAGGAGGAUCGGCUGGCGAUUCUGCAAGCGCUUUCCAGGACUCUUCCGCUGUGUGCUGACGUGGACCUUGCUGAGCUGGCGCGGUGCACGGAGGGGUUCAGUGGGGCGGAUCUGCAGGCCCUGCUGGCAGAUGCACAGCUGGCGGCGGUGCAUGCUGUGCUGGAGGGGAGCGAGACGGGGGGGGAAGGAGAGGGCGAGAAGAGAGGAGGGGAGGGAGAGAAGGGAGGAGAGGAGGUGAGGGAGAGGGGGAAGGGACAGGAGGAGGAAGCUGGGGAGGGGAAGAGAAGUGGCGAUGGAGGGGGAGAUGGGGAAGAGGUGGAAAAUGGUGCAGGGAGGCACACACUGGGGACUGGUUGGGCAGCCGAGGAGGCAGGUAGAGAUGAUCAAAAGAAGGUUCGGAAAGGGAAGUCAGGAGUGGUAAGGAAGGGAAGGAAGGGGAAGAAGGAGAAAGGAGUAGAGGCAGGGAGGCCGCAAAUAGGGCGGGCGCAACUGGAGCAGGCGGCAGGCAGCGUGCGGCCGUCAGUGUCGGCAGCAGAGAGGCAGCGGCUGUCGGGUAUCUACGAUGAGAUGAUGGGCGCUCGGAAGGGGGCGAGUGCUGCUGCCAUGGCUGUCAGGAAAGGGAAACGAGCCACCUUGGCUUAGCCGUCACUGUCAGCAGCAGAGAGGCAGUGGCUGUCGGAUAUCUUCGAUAAGGGGGGGAGAAGUUCUAUGGCUCAUAGGGAAGGGAAACGGUGGCAUGCUGAAGGUGGACGCUCGUUGCUAAUGCCACCGGACGGGGCAGUCAUGGUUGCUAAUUGGCGCCAUGGCCAUGUCGAAUUUCUGAGUUGCGAGGGGUGUGGGGGAGAAAAAUCCCUGGGUUGGAGCACUUAGACAAAUUAUUUUUGUUGCGACCUGGCGGGGGU